CACGACUAGGGAAGCGUGCCCUGUUUUACUUAUUUAACUGGAGAAUGGAAAUGUAUGCCUAGCUGGAAAUGCCUGGGGGAUUUUUACAUCAGACGAAAUGACAAUGAUUAAAAUCUGUUUUUUUCCUGCUCUAAAUAUAUUGAGCGACGUGACACUUGCUUGAUAUUGAAUAGCACUUAACCGUUUACCCCCCGCAAACCAGAACGUUAAACCGUUACGGGGGCUGAUAUAUCUAUAUUUUUUACCGGAAAAUACGAAACAUCUGACAUUAAUUAUUAUAUCAGGUCAUAUACAUCAUUUUUGUAACAGGGAGAGAGUAUCACUUAUUCGUUUUUAAAAUCUGACUGGGUGCGAGUAGAGCUAAUUGUAGCCUAAUCCUUGCCCCAGAGGCGUUUGGGCAGCCCGGAGCAAGAAAUCUUUUUUAGCGCUGCUCUGUUAUUUAGCGACAGGAUUAUUGUCUUUCUUCUCAUAACAGACCGGUAGUAUCAUUUAAGCAAAAAGGGCACUCAAGAAGCUAAAAUACGAAGCAGGAUUUGACCGACUCAAAUUUUAACUGUAUACAAAUAAGAACCGAAAAGGGAAAGGAGAGGUCUCUUCCAUGUAUAAGGAAGGAAGAAGCAUGUCCCGACUGUCUUUGACCCGGUCCCCGGUAUCUCCUAUGUCCACACAAGGAAUCCCUCUACCGGCUCAACUGACAAAGUCGAAUGCUCCGGUUCACAUUGACGUCGGGGGACACAUGUAUACUAGUAGCCUGGCUACUCUCACCAAAUACCCAGACUCAAGAAUCAGCCGUCUGUUUAAUGGCACAGAGCCCAUCGUGCUGGACAGCUUGAAGCAGCACUACUUCAUCGACAGGGAUGGAGAAAUAUUCCGGUACAUUCUCAGCUUCCUCAGGACCUGCAAACUGCUUCUCCCAGAUGACUUCAAGGAGUUCCACCUGCUGUACGAGGAGGCUCGGUACUACCAGCUGUCCCCCAUGAUUAAGGAGCUGGAACGUUGGAAGCAGGAGAGGGAGCAGCGCAGGACGGCCCAGCCCUGUGACUGCCUGGUGGUGCGGGUGACGCCUGACCUAGGUGAGAGGAUCGCCCUUAGCGGGGAGAAGGUGCUCAUCGAGGAGAUCUUCCCCGAGACUGGAGACGUCAUGUGCAACUCGGUGAACGCCGGCUGGAACCAGGACCCCACGCACGUCAUCCGCUUCCCCCUCAACGGCUACUGCAGGCUCAACUCUGUCCAGGUUCUAGAGCGUCUGUUCCAGAAGGGUUUCAGUGUGGCAGCGUCCUGCGGCGGCGGGGUGGACUCCUCCCAGUUCAGCGAGUACGUGCUGUGCCGUGAGGACCGGCGGAGUAUGUCCAUGAACACCCCCAUCAGGAUAAAACAGGAGCCCCUGGACUAGAGAAACUCUAGGAGAGGAGAGGGACUAGCCACGAGGGGCUCCUCACCCCCCUACUGGACAGAACAGAACAAACCCAAACCCUAAUAUCCCUCCACCUCACACCACAAAAACCAACCCAGCAAGAAACACCUAAGUAUUAGCAGACGCCUGGUAACGUUGCCAGCUCUGAGAAACUCAGUGCUCUAAGGGGAAUGUAGUAUAAACACAAAAAAGGAAAGAAAAAAACAAAAGGAUUUGAUUCUGUUUACUAAUAACACCCAAAGGAAUAUAGGACUAUGAUGAUGAACAGAAAGACUGAAACAGCAGCUCCAUCUCUUGAACCAUUUAAGCACCGUGACCAAUCUCUUUUUCCUCCAGUUGUAAGGCUCUCUGACCCCUUGUGAAGAGGUGUCCUGACCUCAGUGAGGAGCACGGCCCCCUUGCCCUCAGUGCAGCGCAUGGCGGUGUGUCGUCCAGUCCCGUACGUGUCUGUGUGAGGCCCAUGUGUUGUGUGCGCCGUCCAUUGCAGCUGAGUGGGGACAAGACAGGUGCUAUUUAGGGAGGCCUGGCCUGACAAGGGGCAGGGCUGACAGAGAGGAAGAGGAGGAAGUGACAGCCAUCCAGCCCACAUUGCUCUUAUAGCCAGCAACCAGGCCUCGCAGCCAAGGGAGGUCCGAUUGAUUGUCUUUCUUAUUUUCAUUGUUGUUUAUAAAGUACAACUUUUUUCUCUGUUUUUUUGCUGUUCUGUCACAACAUGGUGUAAACAAUUAUUAAUAGGAUUGUUGUAUUUUUCCCCUCCUAUAUGAAGGAUGUAUGAACGUUGUAUUCAAAGUCAUUAGGUUUGAAAGCUUGAGAGAAUGAGAAAGAGAGAGACAGAGAGAGAGAAAGAGAGAGACAGGGCGAGAGAGGGAGAGAGAGAGAGAAAGAGAGAGAGAAAUAGAGAGAGAGACAGAGAGACAUAGAGAGAGAGAGCGAUACAGAGAGAGAGAGAGAGAUACAGAGAGAGAGAGAGAGAGAGAGAGAGAGAGAGAGACUUGGCAGUGGCUAUAGAAACACUAUUAUGUCUGGAGGCUACGUGGCUAAAGCAGCAGUCUGGCUGGUAAUGCAUUCAGAGCUGGAGAAGGUCUCAUUGUUUAAAUGGGGCUGCAAAGGGAACCUGGCUACUUCUACAUCUUUCAGAGGAAACAUUUGUAGCAUGCAUAAAGUGCAUUGGCUUUGUCACAAUUAGCUGUCAAACAUAUCUUACAUCAAAUAAGAUUAACAAUGUGAGAGUACAUAUAUUUAUUAAAAAGUUAAAAGUCAAAAGGUAAAAUGAUCUGCAAUGUGAAGUGAGAAAAUCUGAAUGAAAUUGUAUAUGAAGGCUCUGAAUGUGUUGCUGGUUGUGGAAUGCCAGAAUGUUCCUAACUUGACAAGGACCAUGUGAACUGAGGUAGAUCAGUGUAUCUCCAUGAUUGUGAUGAGAUGCACUCUAAAUGCUUGAUAACUUUGUUUGCACUUAUAACUCAUUAUCUACAAAACUUCUGCCAUCCCCAAAAAGUUCUUAGUAUACGUCCUGAUGACCAGUGCCAAAUCAACCCAGACAUUAUCUCAUUGUGUUUAUAGUAAUUAGCACAUAUUAAUAUGUUGAGAGAGCCCAAUGUAAGUAAUAGCAAACUUCGGUGAUAAAGCUAAGUUGCCUAUUUGAUUAUUGUACAAAGUUUAAAAUUCAUGUUUUCAUAAUUGUUUAUUUGACACAGAAAUCACUAUGAUUAUUCAAAACUAUUUUAUACAAACAAACACAGUACAAAUAGUCUGACAAUUGAAAGAAUACUUCAAUACAUCAACAAUUCAAUUCAAUACUUCAAUCAUGGAAGCCCCUGAUGUUUGUCUUGCUGACUGUCUGUCAUUUCAUUUCUAAGGCAGGAUUAUUUCAAUCACUCUUCACAUGUCUGCAGCAGCAUAACCUAAAAUGAACUGUAAGCUGAGCAUCAGAGCAUUGUUUACAGAGAAAAAGAGUGGGAGGCACUUACUCUAUCCUGCUGUGAUUCCAUGGUUUGAUUCUCUACAUUUGUGGAUCAAAGAGAGAAACAAGAAAGAAAGAGUAUAAAGUUGUCAUACUUUAUAUCUGUGUAACUGUGUUUCAUCCAUUCCAAAAUAAUAGAUCAAAAAGAGGCCCAUUCUGAUCUUGGUUCAGCACCGGCUUGUUAAUGAGUUUGUUUUGAAACCUCCUAUGGUGGGUGUUUCACUAAACAUCACAAAAAUCUUAAUUCAAAUGGGAUGGGAGUCUAAUUUGACACAAACCAACUCUCCUCUUGGUCCUAGUGUCCAGUGUCUUCUCUGUGGAUGUCCACUGAUUAAACAAGCCCCAGGACUUCUUCAGUCUUCAGUUUUUAAAGAUGGUCAGGUUAGUUAGUUAGUUUAGCUCCAAGAAGUCCAGAAGGCAGCACAGACCUCCUGGGGGGCCUCCCUCCCAAUCAGGCUCCUCUUUGUUCUGACCUGCUACUGGCCUGGGCCCUUGUAUCCAGUCGCCUCAAAGGGAAUGGCCAACCAGGCCUUUCAUGUUGCUGAGGGAUGUGGGGCUUCAGAGCCCAGCGGAUCCCCCGGGCUCCCAUGUACUCCCAGCUCCUCAGCAAUGCCAGUAGAGACAAGGGUUGUGCCCCCCACUGCGUCAUCACAUUCCCAGACCCUUCUGUACAGAGCACCCUCCUAACGUUACCCCCAUGGCUCACUGGACCGCACCGCACCAGACCAAACAAUCAUUCCCUCCCUACUUUAUGUCCUCUGGUAUCUCUAGAUUCAACUUUACAUCUGAAGGGAACCGGCUCAGUUCUCAAUGGUUCUGAAUAGUUACAGUAUGUGGCAGCAUUUAACUCACCUUCAUCAGUUUACUUCCCUGUUGACACAAGAGUAAAGCAACUCAACAAUACCUCUUACAGGUGGCAGGUUCUCACAGAUACCUCAUUACAUUACUGGGCCAUUUCCUCUAACAUAUUGUAUGUUUUCACACAUACUCUCAGAAAAAAGGAGUGCUGUGCAGCACCAUUUGUCCCUGUAGGAGAACCCCCUGAAAGUUGACUCCAGAUAGAACCGUUUUGGGUUCCAAAUAGAACCUGUUAAAGGGUGCUAUUUGGAACCAGAAAUAGCUCUCUGAUAUUAAAUGGUUCUAUCUGGAACCUUUUUUCAGAGGGUUCCCCUACAGGGACACAGGUUGCCACAUAGCACCAUUUUUUUCUGAGAUCGUACCAUUUUCUUUUAGUAAUUUGUGGUCAGUAAGUUGGUAGACCAAAAUUGACAAGGAGUCCUACCACUUCUCUGUGUGGUGUGAAGUCGAGAGACCGGAGGGCAGUUAGUUGUACAGUUGUUUGUAUAUUAAAUUGUUAUCAGGACUCUGGUUUUUACUGAGCCCUCGACAGUCUUAAUAAAAAAGAGACCUCUAAGUCCUCUCACUCACUACGAAACAAAAAUAAUGAAAAUAAUUUCCAAUUUACAAGCAUUAUGUUGUGUACAUAUGGAUUAAACACAUUUCAAAGGGUAUACUUAAGGUACAAAAUGUAUAUUAUUGAACAUGUUUUAAUAAUUAGACUGUGGUAUUAAAGGGCAUGUGUUCACUUACAGUGUGUCCAUUUGAUUUUUCUUGCAUAUUUGCGAUAAUAAAAGGAUGUACUGUAUAUUUUCUGCCUCA